GUUUGCAUUGUUUUUGUUUUUUAUUUACGUGAUAAGCUGCUGCUUGUUUUGUGUGGGCAACUUUUAAGAAGCGAUUAAAAGUGGCAGAAUCAUGGCACUAAUACCGCCGGUAACACGUCUCACCUCCUCCAUCAUACGGAUUUUGGGCUGCAAUCCCAGUCCCAUGACAUUGCAAGGCACCAACACCUAUCUGCUGGGCAACGGUAAAAAGCGCAUAUUAAUUGACACGGGCGAUGAGAAUGUGCCGGAGUACAUAGAGCAGCUGAAUGGAGUGUUGCAGCAGGAGAAGGCAACCAUUGGCACCAUCAUAUUGACGCAUUGGCAUCACGAUCAUGUGGGGGGUGUGAAGGACAUUGUGGGCAGCACGUUGGCCGACAAGGUUCGCCUCAAUGCAGAUUGCCAGGUGUUCAAAUUCAAGCGCAGCGAUCAAACUCCCGACCUCUGCCCCGAGAUACCAAGUCACAUCCAAGUACAACCGCUUGCCGACAGCCAAGAAUUUGCGGUAGAUGGCGCCAAGGUGCGCAUUGUGCAUACUCCUGGCCACACCACAGAUCAUGUUGUGCUCACCACAGAUGACGGCACUUUGUUCAGCGGCGAUUGUAUACUGGGCGAAGGCACCGCUGUGUUCGAGGAUCUGUUCGAUUACAUGCGCAGUCUGGAUAAAAUCCUCAAGAUCGAACCGAAACGCAUCUUCCCCGGCCAUGGCAAUGUGAUUGAGGAGCCGCUGGGUAAAAUCGAGUAUUACAUCCAGCAUCGCAAUCAGCGCGAACAGCAGAUACUUCAGUUCUUUGUGGAGCGACCCUGUGCACCAUGGCAAGCCAUGGAUGUGGUCAAAGUGGUGUACAAGGAGACGCCCGAGCAUCUGUGGCCAGCGGCUGCCUACAAUGUGGACCAUCAUCUUAGCAAGCUGCACAAAGAGGGGAAACUGCAGCUGAACAGCAGUGACGAUGACGCCAAAUCCUACAGCUACCAAGCAAGCAGCGCCCUCUAGAGUCGUGCUGGAGAACUGUAGCUGAAACUAUCGAUGAUUUGAUACUCUAUCGAUUGUAGACGUUUUGUAAAGUUAUAAAUUGUUAUUUAAAAUGAAUUUCUGCAAUG